AUGCCUGGUGAUCAUGUGGAUGGGAUGGAUGUUUUGAAGGUAAGGGAGGUUGUAAAGGAGGCGAUUGGAAGGACCAGGAGAAGAGAAGGGCCAACAUUGGUGGAAUGUGAAACAUACAGGUUCAGAGGACAUUCAUUGGCCGAUCCCGAUGAGCUUCGUGACCCUGAUGAGAAGGCACACUAUGCUGCCAGAGACCCCAUCACAGCCUUAAAAAAAAUACAUGAGAGGCCGCUUCCACCUCGCAGCCAGCUGCUCGAGAAUGUGUUUGCUGAUCCAAAAGGUUUUGGAAUCAGGCCUGAUGGCAGCUACAGAUGUGCAGAUCCUGAGUUCACUCAGGGCACUGCUCAUGUCUAA